AUGAGUCAGUAUGAGAACUCGCCCAAGAAUGGCGAGAAGCAUGGGUUGUUUCGGCUGCAUCCAAAGCGUUAUCGCCCUGAUAGCUGCAGCGUCGACAUUGUUGCGAUACACGGGCUGGGUGGAUCCGCGUUCGACACAUGGACGGACCAUAAGAGCGAACAUCAUCACCUGUGGCUUAGAGAUUCCCUUCCGUCCUACAUCCCCGAGGCUCGCGUCAUGACCUAUGGCUAUGAUUCCUCCUAUGUGUUCAGCAACUCUUUGAUGGGCAUCAAUGAUUUCGCAAAGGACCUCUUGACACGCCUGUGCAUCGAACGUCGUGAUGCGCUCGAGACCUCCAGACCCUUAUUUUUCGUCUGCCACAGCCUCGGGGGAAUUGUUUUCAAACAGGCCAUUGUCCUUUCGUCGCUAGAAGCCAAGGACUACCCGGGGAUCUUGGACAGUAUCUCUGGAGUCAUAUCAUCUCAAGAACUCGAAGAAAUCUCCAGGGACGCAAAGGAACUUUUGAAAAAGAUUAAUAUCGUCUCUUUCUAUGAACAGAAACCGCUCACAGGAUUUUCAUUGAUUGUCGAUCCUCCUUCAGCCAUUCUCGGGCUCCCAAACGAGCGGAGUAUUCCCAUCAAUGCUGAUCACAGGGAUAUCGCCAAGGUCUCGCCUCGUCAUACGCAAAGAUACAAGCCGGUGUGGGCCACCAUUCAACAAUUAAUAGAAGCAAUCGUCAAGAACGUCCUCGAGCAGCGCUCGUUGCAGGGCCUGAAGAUAAGCUUGGCAGCCGAUCUAUUAUGGAAGGCAAUGCGCGAAGUUCUGGCCAUGGACACAAUGAAGUACACCUUCAUCAUCAUAGAUGCGAUCGAGGAGCUUGGUGACUCGACAGCUAACAACAUACUCGAGAUGCUGAAUUAUACCCUCCGCUACAUCAACACCGUUACGCCAGCCCACCGAGUUCGGAUUUUGGUGUCUAGCCGACCCAAACCCCGAUCUUUUCCAUGGCUCGUCGAGCUACGGAUAGUGAAGUCUGACACGCGACCAGGAAUCAAGAGGUUCCUGCAGGGCUCUCUUGAACAAUUUGCUGCAGACAGACCCGAAUUUGCGACAGUGACCAGUUCGAAAAAGCGCAUAGAGAUUGUCAACGAGCUAUGUGAAAGAGCAGAUGGCUCGUUCCUGAUCGCCGCCAUGGUUUGGGGAGACUUCAGGAAUUCUCCAGAAUGGGAUGAAGACACCAUCACGAGGAAGUUGAGAAAGUUCGGCUCUGCGCCACACAAGGUGUCUGACUUUUACGAUAUAAUUUACCAGAUCGACUCGUCAGUGCGUGAUCAAGUCAGAGACAUACUGGCUAUCCUCGCAGCUGCAGCCCGUCCGCUCAGUACUGUUGAGAUCGGAAUAAUUCUGGGGUUUUCCCAGACCGACACGCCGAUUCGCAACGCUGAUGACAUUCCUAUCGACCGGAGCGUGAGCGAUCUCAUAGAGAAACACAUUCCUGAACUGAUAGCUCGACUUGAUGACGAUACAGUGACAUUUGUCCAUCUGUCGUUCAAAGAGUACCUUCUGGAGUCGUGGGCAAAGGAAAAAGCCAGCCAUAUGACCAGAGCUGGACGGAUGAUCACUCGUGCCUGCUUGAAAUAUCUCAAGCUGCAGGAUAUGCUGCAUGAUGCCUUUGACGGAGCAUCUCGUGAAGACUUGACAAGCCGAUACCCUUUCCUAUCAUACGCUGGUGAUUUUCACAAGCGUCAUAUUCUAUCGCUUCCAUACACAGAUUAUCUGUGGCUUGUAUAUGCAGACGCUGGCGGGCCGGGAAGCCUCUACACCCUGCCCGAGUUCUCGAAGCGGUGGGCUUUUUGGGAGACGCCUCUGCAGGUUGUCAUAUCAGAGGUUGCUAUGCCACACCGAGAGACGCUACUGCGGGAGUUCGUCCAACACGGGUACGACAUCAACGAAACGUGGCUGAGAAGCGAUCGCCAAGGCGGUGCACUCCAUUCUUGCUGCCGGAUCCUGUAUCAAGACGCUCCACAAUUUCGCGGUAACGGCGAUGUGAAGAGGACAGUGCUGCUCCUGUUGGCUCUGGGAGCGGAUCCGAAUCUGCCUCGUGAAGCACCUCGUUCCAACAUUGCUUCAGUCAUCCUCGAGGGUAACUGGGAUGUCUACCAUGCUUUGUUGCGCAACAAGCUGUUCGACCCGAACGCACCGGACGAGCGAGGCCGAGCUACGAUACACCAUCUUGUAUCGCAUGCUCCGUCGGACAUGAUUCCGGAAUUAGUCGAGGGGGGCACAAUAGAGAUCAAUGCGCAGGACAAGAGCGGGUCCACGGCACUCCAUCUGGCUGUCACAUACCAGAUGCUGGACACAGUCAGAACCCUUCUGCGGAUACCAGGCACCCGUCUGGAUCUGACUGACGUGCAAGGCCGGACUCCCCUAGCCCUGGCGGCGUACUGGGACCAUAAACAAGUCGCCUAUGCUCUCAUCGAGCGGUCUGAUGCCAUGCCGGUACCUGACAGAGAAAACUUGGGUCCAUUGGUGUUGGCGGCCAAACAUGGCGACAUGGAACUGUGCCGCAAGCUAUUGGAGACUUCCCAAUACCAGAAUAUCAAGUUCCAGGUGGACCACUCUGGCAAGGGAGUCCUACACCACCUGGCGGCCAAUAACUGGACCGACCUUCUCGAGCGCUGUCUCCGACGAGGAGAUGCCAACGUCAACCACAUUGAUCACCAUGGAGAAAGCGCGCUGCACAUCGCCGCUACGCUGGGAAACACAGCCAGCUGCGAGGUGUUGGUGAGGCACGGGGCGAGCAUGAAGCUGCAGGAUCGCCUGGGCAGGACUGCACCGCAAGCUGCCGCCGACGCCGGGUUCAAGGACACCCUGAUGACCUUGCUGAGGAGCCGGCGGGCGGAUCCGAACCAGAAAGACUUCGAGGGCCGUAACCUCGUACACUGGGCGGCGACGAUCGACUGUGUGGAGAUUGUCGAGUUCCUGGCAGGGCUGCCUGGGGUCGACAUCGCACGCAAGGACAAUCAUGGGAAGAUGCCCAUCGAUAUAGCCUUCAUCUGCAAGUGUCCUACCGUCGGGAAGUUCCUGUCAGAUGAGAUGCGGAAGCGCACGUCGACGUCCCUAUAUUUUGACAUCUACGACUGGAAGACCAUGUACAACAGCCCCAUUGUCGAGUACUCACAAGACGAAGAGCGCGAGUUCGUCUUUGCUGGGACUCUUGAGGAGCGGGAAUUCCGACGUCAGGCAGCCUCUGAGGAAGCGUGGUUUGCGCUUCAAAAAGUAUAUCCGCCAGAGCUAUGGGCUCUCGUGAAAUUAGCAGAUAAGGAAGUCGAAGAGAAGCGAGAACCAUUCAGAAUCGAGGUAUUGGCGAACAUGCACCAAAGCGCUGCAGAACUUACUAAGUGA